GUCAGUUGUUGAACAGAGCACGACACAUGUGGUUCAGUUCUUUUCUGGACUACUAUCUUAAGAGUGGACGACUGCCAUCGGAUUUUUUUGACAAUGGAAUAAAAGUUGAAUUGGACAGAACCUGUGAUGUGUGAAAAAGAGCUGAGAAGCUCCCCGCUGCUUUUAGAGAGUGAGGAGGAUUAAGCCGGAGCUCAGCGGAGAGGCACCGAGGCACUCUCACACGGUCAACCGGAGCCGGAGCCAUGAGCAGGGCGCUGACUGAGCACAUCGGCAGCAGCUUCUGCGAAGAUGCGCCUCGUCCUCCGGUGCCAGGGGAGGAGGGAGAGUCAUCACGCUACAUCUCCAGCAGGUCUGGAAAAAUGAAAGCUCUUAAGGUGAACGAUAUCCCUGCAACUGCUGCGCUCCCUGGCUCCACACUGCGGAGGAAUGAGGACGGAUUAGGGGAGCCGGAAGGAAGUGCGUCCCCGGACUCGCCGCUUAUCCGGUGGACAAAGUCUUUGCAUUUUCUUCUCGGCGAUCAGGAUGGUGCUCACCUAUUCAGGACCUUUUUGGAGCAGGAUAAUUGUGUGGACACAUUGGACUUUUGGUUUGCCUGUAACGGCUUCAGGCAAAUGGACUUAAAGGAAACCAAAACACUGCGGGUUGCUAAAGUUAUUUUCAAAAGGUACAUUGAGAACAACGGCAUUGUUGCCAAGCAGCUCAAACCCGCUACCAAGACCUUCAUAAGGGAUAGCAUUAAAAAGCAACAAAUAGACUCUGCCAUGUUCGACCAGGCACAGACAGAGAUCCAAUCCAACAUGGAAGAGAGCGCUUACCAAAUGUUUCUGACUUCUGACAUAUACCACGAAUAUGUGCGCACCGGCUGCGAGAAUGCAGCUUACAUGAAUAACGGCGCUUUGGGUAACCUCAAGCUUAUGUGUGGAUACCUUCCUCCUCUUAUGGAGGAAGAGGAGUGGGGCUGUCAUGACUUGAAGGCAACAGCUUUAGCUUCGGUUAUCGGACUGUCUGCAACAUCCCUGAGGGCAACUGCCACCAUCCGGACAGCGGCUGAAGUUCUUGAGAACAGUUGCAGGGUGCACCGUCGAGGAGACAAUGCCAGGCCGUAUUUUGUCAACUCUGGCUACAUUUUUGCCCCCGCCACCAGUGCCAAUGAUAGUGAGAUCUCCAGUGAUGCCACCACGGAUGAUUCUCUGUCCAUGACAGACAGUAGUGUAGAUGGAAUACCUCCUUAUAAGCUGAGCUACAAGAAGAAUAUCCAGCGAGAGAUGAAUCGCAGUGUCAAGAUCAAUGGACAGGUUACACUUCCCCACUUUCCUAGGACACACCGUCUGCCCAAGGAGAUGACCCCUGUUGAGCCCUCCGCAUUUGCUGCCCAACUCAUAGUGCGGCUUGAGAAGCUAAAGCAAGAGCAGGAAAGAAUGAGCUCAUUGGCAGAGAGGCUUCAGCAUAUCCAAGAGGGAGAGGAAAGCAACACCUCCCAUCACGCUCUUCUUCCAUCUGGAAGCCAAUGUGAGGAAGACCCCCAAGCAAUUCUAGAUGACCACCUAUCGCGGGUCUUGAAGACACCUGGCUGCCAGUCACCUAGUGUGGUUCGCCACUCGCCACGCUCACAAUCCCCAGAACGGACAAGUGCCUUGUUCUCUUCAGGCCAUGCGUCCAUUGAUGCUUGCCCUGGGACCGCCAAAGUUAUAACGUCUGGGCGGCAGUCCACGAAACUCGCUCAUCACCACUUUAUCCACCAUUAUCAUGCUGGGCCAAAGACCAAGGAGCAGAUUGAGGUUGAAGCAGCUCAGCAUGUGCAAUGUCUCUGCCCUUUAAGAGACAUCAAUUACUCCGACUUCAGCCAUGUCACCCCUACAAAACGACAAGUCAAAUCUUCCACUGAGGGUUGGUCUUCACCAUACCUUCCUCUUGAUGCCACCUACCGAUCUCAGAAUGUUUGGCAGUGGAUUCUCGAGAGUGAGAGGCAGGGCAAACACAAGGCCCACAGCUCCUCUGGACUUAAAAAGCCCAAACCUCUUGAAUCCAAGGUGCUGCCUGGUCGAACUCACUCGUUAUGGGGCGAAGGUGGCAUUGAUUCUGGCAUUUAUCUUCGUGGGCACCACCCUGGCCAUCCGUUUAUACAGGACCCAGCCAUUCCACCUCUACCGCCGCCCAACACCCUAGCACAGCUUGAAGAGGCUUGUCGUAGACUGAAGGAGGUCUCAAAGCCACCAAAACAAAGCCUCAGAGACAGGAGCCAUCCAGUCACUGCCAUCCCUGCUGGAGGUAGCUCUGAAGCCACUUCUGGAUUCCAGUCAGACGAGUCAAAGGAACUAUUGAUCACCUAUUUCUUCUGUGGUGAGGAGAUUCCUUACCGAAGUGCAAUGAAGAUCCACUGCCUCACCUUGGGACACUUUAAAGAACAGCUUAGCAAGAAAGGCAACUACCGGUACUACUUUAAGAAGGCCAGCAAUGAGUUUGAGUGCGGUGCUGUGUUCGAGGAGGUGUGGGAGGACGCCUCGGUCUUGCCCAUGUACGAGGGAAAGGUCCUGGGAAAGGUUGAGAGGAUCGACUGAAAAACAAACAAAAAAACAGACCCUAUCGAAAGCAGAAUCCCGAAAACUUGAGCAAGAGACUUUGUAAAUUACCUUUUUUAUUUUUUUAAGUAAAUUAUUCAUACUAAGCUAAAAAGAGUUAAUAUAUCUCGCACAACAUGUGACUGAAGGAAUAGAAGCUAAUGAAGACUGCCUAACUGUCCCUUCCUGAUUCCUCUCAACCAGUCAGCCUUAGAAAUACACGAAGGAACGACACGAAGGACUUUAACUGAACAAUUUGAGGACGACCUAUGCCGCUUUUUGAAUAUCAUCGCUGUUUUGAUGUUGUGUGAUGAGGGACUGUGAUGCAUUCACUCUGACUCCCGGGUUCAAGUGCGAAGAAGGAACAGGAGGUCUCGAUGCAGCAUUUCUGUUUACUUCAUUGUUAGAAAAUGUUUAUACUUGUUUACAUACUUGCAUGUACAGUCGUGGUCAAAAGUUGACAUACACUUGUA